CGAUUCUCGUUUGAAAGGCAGUACUUCACGUGCGGAUGCUCAAAGAUCGCUCGUCUCAACAGAUGUGCUGCAAGCACUGGUUUUAAUCGUUCCGUUUUCGACGCGUAUUUUUUCUCUGAUCGUUCCCGAUCGUACAACAAACUACGGAAACACAAUUGUUCCAUUUUUGCGACGGAAAAUCGUGCCCCGGAUCAUCGAGUUGGCAAGGAAAUCUUGCUUUUAAAUACAUUCAUCUUCGGACAGAAAUGCAUUUUAUAAUAUGAAAUAGAGGGAUAAUAUCGGGCAAUCUUUGCCACCUCGAUCACCUAUUUUAGAGGUUGGGUAUAUGUCGCAGUAAUCUCGGGGAGAAGAGAAAGUACGUAAUAAUAGUCUAUUAAAGAGAAAGGAUCGAGAAUUGUACAAUCGAGUGAAGAUGCACAGUGUCAACGUUUUUCUGAGAGCAACAUUAUGGCCAAAAAUUUAAUGGCUCGUGGUCAACAGAAAAUUCAGUCACAAGCUAAAGCAGCUGAGAAAGCUGCAAAAGUGAAAAAGCAACAGGGACACAGUGCCAAUGAACAGAAAAAAGCAGCACAGAAAGCUUUAGUACAUGUGUGCGUAGUUUGUAAGGCACAAAUGCCAGAUCCAAAGACGUACAAGCAACACUUUGAAAACAAACAUCCUAAAAAUGACUUGCCAGAGGACUUAAAGAAUAUAUGAGAGUGUGAUGUUGUGUAAGGAUACAGGGUUGAGAUGGAGCAAGAGCAAAAGAAAAAAGAAUUACUGCAAAUGACAAAGUGAUAUAGUUCAACGUUCAACUAAUUUUUAAAUAGUCUCAAAUAAGAAAAAUAAAUUAAACCUUGUUAGUGUUUAAAAUGAACUAUUGCAUAGUUAACAAAUGAAUUUUUGUGCACAGCCCCAAAUUAUUCUAACAUUAUUGACAAAUUGCU